AAGCUUUGUGGGAAAAGUGCUGCAGUAAUGGGGAAAUGAACAUAAAUAGAGCAGUGCAGAUUAAAGGCAAAUUUAAAAGAGCAUACUAAAAUAUUAAACUUGUAAAUCAAAAAAGUACCAAUCAGAUUAUAAAUUGUCCUGGAUAAUAUCAUAUUUUACAGUCAUAGAAAAUGGAGGCCAGUCAUAGAAUACGUAAUACGUACGCAGGAGUACUCUUCUCCUGUAACCUGUGUUGUCUGGAUCUCCUGUCAGGUGUGAAGCUGUUCUCUUACAGCUCCAGCGGGGCCAGCCUCCUCAUCAUGCCUCAGAUCCUCCUGAAGACCGGGUUGGGGGUCCAGAGCCUCGCCCUACAGGCUGCAUUCUGUGGAGUCGUGGGAUUUUUCACCUUCAUCACCCCAGUCGUCCUCCACUUCAUCACCAAGGGCUACGUGAUCCGCCUUUACCACAGCCCAGACAGAGAAAAGUACACCGCCAUCACCUACAGCGUGUUCCUCACUGAGAAGAGGACCGUGUUCCACCAAAGGCAGGUCCGGAUCCCGGCUGUCAGCCAGAUGUUCACCACCUUCUACGCUGGUGACACAGGGCUGCUGGUGAACCCUGACAUGUUCCCCCUUCCACAUGACUUCAACCACCUGAUGGGCUACGAUAAGCCCUUUAGCUUUAGCACAGAUGAUGUGGAUAGACCUGACCAGAGCUGAAGCAGCUUAGUGGUCCACGCUUCCAAACUGCACAGUGUGUAUAUAUAUAUAUAUAUAUAUAUACUCACAUUUCUACCAGGGUGGACCAUCUGGCACCCCAAAAAUGACUUGACAAACAUUUAUUUUUUCAUUUUCAUGUCAAUAUUUGGAGGAUCUUUCAUGUUAAUAAAUGAUGUCAGUUGAACCGUUUAAAAAAACUUUCCUUUUGUGUGUCUAUACAAUUUUGUCAUGACUGUGCACAUUAAAGCGAUACAUAACACAUGAAAUUCCAUAGUUUUAUUAUCCGUUAUUAAACAUAAAAUAUUUCCUACUCUUGUCUUAGUAGGGCGGGAUAUCAUUUAAUGUAAUGCUCCAGU